AUGAAAUCUCAUUUAGCUAACCAUUGCAUAUUUUGUCCUGAAGAGAUUAGUACAUAUUGGCGAAAAAAAUUAGUUGAGGAAGUUAAUAAAUAUACCCGUAAGUUAGCUCCAGCUUCAAUGGAUAUUUCCAUGCCUUUGCAAAAUAUGCAAAAUGAUCCUCUUCUCUAUGAAACAAAUCAUUUUGCAAAGCUUACAAAAUCUACACUUAAUUAUAAAGCUCAUGCAGAAACUGAAACAAUAUAUAUAAAUACAACAAGUAAUGUGACCUAUAACAAAUAUUGUAACCUACAAUAUUUAUUACAACCUACAUGGGUAUUAUGA